UAAUCUCCACAAAAAUGAAGGUUCUACCACCAGAAGUCGAGGAAAUCCUCGCGAAAUUCCGUUUAAACCGUGAACAACUUCAAGAAAUCAGCGAAAAAGUGGAGCAACAAAUGAAAAUGGGUCUCGCAAAGACUCAAGGCUCAUCGAUUGCAAUGUUGCCGAGUUAUGUACCAGCGUUGCCAGAUGGAACAGAAACCGGAAAAUACGUGGCAAUCGAUUUGUCGGGAAAGAAUCUUCGAAUAAUGUUACUCACAAUGAACGGAGCCGGAACGACGCCCACGCAUGAAACAGUCAAUUAUAUAGUAGCUAAUCAUGUUAUGAAGGGAACCGGUGAUCAGCUUUUCACAUUCAUCGUCAAUUGCCUCCAACGAUUCCUACAAGAAUUCGGACUAGUUGAUGCUAAUUUACCUAUUGGGUUCGUAUUCUCAUAUCCAUGUGAACUAUUGUCAAUUCGUUCGGCACGUCUUUUGUGGUGGACUAAAGGGUUCGAUAUUAAGGAUUGUUUGCAACGGGAUAUUGUAGCUCUAUUGGAAGAGGCUCUCGAGAUGAAUAUGUCCACAAAAGUGAGCAUCAAAGCAGUGAUGAACGACACAGUAGGACAGUUGGCUGCUGCCGCACACAAAUAUGGUCCAGAAUGCACAAUUGGGGUGGUUAUCGGUUAUGGGUGCAACUCGUCAUAUCUGGAAAAAACGUCCCGAAUCACGAAAUUCGACGCAAAAGCUCGCGGUUACGAUCAUGAUAACAUGAUUGUCGUCACAGAAUGGGAGGAAUUUGGAAAACAUGGUGAACUCGACGAUAUUCUGACACAAUUUGAUCGGGAAGUCGACGCCGCCAGUGUGCACAAAGGAAAACAGCUAAUCGAUAAAUUGUGCGGAGCCCUGUACAUUGGUGAAGUUGUGCGACGAGUACUUUCUCAACUGGUUUUGGAUAGAGUUCUAUUCGAAGGACAAUCGUGUGAAAAAUUGGACGAAGACGAGUCAUUCCCGACAAAAUAUAUUUCAGAGAUUUUGGGUGAAGAAGAAGGUGUAUUCAAGGCGUGUCGACGUAUUUGUGAAGAGCUUGAAGUUGAAAUGCACGGAACUGGAGAUUAUAUUAUAAUACGAGAAGUGUGUGACGUCAUCUCUAGACGAGGAGCCAGUAUUGUUGCCGCAGCCAUCAGCGCUCUGCUCCGUCACCUGGAACUGUCUUCCGUGAAAAUUGGUGUAGGUGGCGCUCUUAUUCAAUUCCAUCCAACCUAUCAUCAAAUGCUAAAGGAGAAGCUCGAAGAGCUCACGCCGAUUACCAUGAAAUUCGAACUCGUACCUGCCGACGAAGGAAGUUGUCAAGGAGCCGCUCUAAUUGCCGCCGUUGCCGAACGCCUGAAGCUCUAAAAAUCUGAAAAUUUUCCCCAUCAUCAGUAUAGGCACGUUUUUUUUAAAUAUUUUUUCUGAGAAUUUUCGGAUUUUUCUCAAGAAUCCUGACAUUUUUUGCCCCAUCCUUUGUAUUUAGAAAGAGAUAACACAUCGAAUUUUUUUUCUGUUUUCCCCGCCAUAACCCCCCCUCGAAAAAUCAAGUUUUUUGUCAUUUUUGUGUGUGUGUUUGUAAAUGUAAUUCUUUAAAAAUGUAAAGCUGUAUGAGAUUUUUUAAAUUCAAGUAUUGUUUAAAAAUAAAGAUUUUU